CCACAAAGGAGACCAUAUCUCACCCGUUCUUUUGAAAACAAUAGAGGAAUCAGAGAUAUCUUUGAUUAUUUUCUCCAAAGAUUAUGCAUCUUCAACAUGUUGUAUGGACGAGCUUGUUCAUAUUAUGAGCUGUAGGGAUAAAUACCAAAGAGUUGUCAUCCCUAUUUUCUAUGACAUAGAUCCAUCAAAUGUUCGCAAACAAAAUGGAAGUUUUGGAGAUGGAUUUGCUAAGAUUAAGCAGAGAUUUAGGGGCAACCAAGAAAAAGUGCAAAAUUGGACAAAUGCUUUGAUCCAAUCAACAAAUCUCUCUGGGUGGGAUUCAAAGAAUAUCAGGCCUGAAUCCAAACUUAUUAAGAAGAUUGUCAAAGAUAUUUUGAGCAAAUUGAAUGGCAAGUCGUCCUUUCAUUUUGAAGGAUUAGUUGGGAUUGAUCAUCAUAUUCAGAAGAUUGAAGAGCUAUUGGGUAAAGCUCGCAUUGUGGGAAUAUGGGGUAUGGGUGGUAUAGGUAAGAGUACUCUUGCUAGAGUUGUAUUCCACGAGUUGAAAGCACAGUUUGAAGCUUUCUCCUUUGUGGAAGAUGUAAGGGAACAACUAGCAAUAAUUGGGUUUGACAGGUUACAAAAAGAAUGUCUCAAAGAAUUAAUAAAAGAUAAGGACAUUAAUGUCUUUGAUAUAGAAUCCUCUUUUGUGAGAAGUAGGCUUCAACGCAGAAAAGUUCUUCUGAUACUUGAUGAUGUGGACAAUUCACUACCGGCUGAAGAUUUAACUAAAAUGUAUCGUUGGUUUGGAAAAGGAAGUUGAAUUAUUAUCACAUCAAGGGACAUGCAAGUACUUCAUAAUGCUUUUGCAUUUUCAACAUACUCUAUUUCAAGAUUAAAUUUACAUGAUGCCUUUCAUCUCUUUAGUUUGAAAGCAUUCAAACAAAAUGAGCCACCUAAAAGUUAUAUGGAAUUAUCAGAAUCAGUAGUGGAUUAUUGUCAAGGAAAUCCAUUGGCCCUUGUAAUGUUGGGUUCUUUUCUUCAAGGUAGAGGAAAAGAGGAGUGGGAAAGUUUUUUGGAAAAAACAAAAGAAGCACCACCCAAGUACAUUAUUGAUGUUCUGAAAUUGAGUUUUGAUAGACUUGAUGAGCGCCAAAAGAAUAUGUUUCUUGACAUAGCAUUUUUCAUCAAGGAAAGAGUUGAAGUUUCUUUGACCCUAAUAAGACAAUUAUAUGGCUCUUCUGUAGAUAUUGACAUAAAUGUUCUUAAAGAGAGAGCCCUCACUUCAUUGGAUCAUAAUGGCUAUAUUGAGAUGCAUGAUCUUGUGAGGGACAUGGGUGUUGAAAUUGCUAGAGAACAGUCAUUCUCCAAUCCUAAAGGCCUUGUUCGACUGCAAAGUUAUAAGGACAUUUAUGAUUUUUUCAUUAGUAACAAGGUGACUGAGUCAAUCCAGUGCUUGUCAUUGGACAUGAGCAAGAUAAAAAGGAUUCCAUUGACAGCUAAUGACCUUCGAAAGAUGCAUAAUUUAAUAUUUCUAAAAAUUUAUUGGUCUGAUUGGAGAGAGCCUUCAAAGUUGAUUAUUGGUAAGGAUAUGAGUUAUCUUCCAGAUGAAAUAAUUCAGGGUUGUUAGUUGGAAGAAUAUCCUUUACCAUCUGUGCCGUUAAGCUUCUAUGAGGGGAAUCCUGCUGAGCUUCAAAUUCCUAAUGGUC